AAACCUUUCACGCACGAAUCUCUCCUAAUCGAUCAAAAAGAUUAUCGUCUUACACGCGUCGAAAAGCGCCAAGCCAAACAGCGCUAUGAGCGCGAAAAAGCACUGAGUCAGUCAUACCAAACGGCUGCUCUUUACCAGCUUCAUCAGAUGCAGUUGUUGCAGCAACAACAACUAAUUGCAGCUGGCGUUAAUCCUGCUCUCAUGAAUUCAUAUCGCUAUUCUGCAGCAUCGGGACUUUACACAGUCAACCCUUCAUCUAGCCUCGGACUUAAUCAGACUGCAGGCCUUCCUAGCCAGCUAGCUGAUCCCAUUAUGGGUAUUGGCUUGCAUGGAGGUACUACGGCAGCUAGCAGUCCCGCUGGCUUGGAGCUUAUGCGUCAAAUGGAUAGACAAGCCAGAUUACGCAUGCUUCACUCUGAUUUUGAAGAGGCCAGAAGGAGGACUGGUUACGCCAAGACAGGUAGUGGUCAUAAUUAA